CUCCCUCUCCAGCCAAAAAUAUUAUAACAUUGGAGGGAGGCCACUAAAAACCGAUCGAUUUUACCGCCAGAAUUGUUGCUUCAGCUGCCUCGACUGCCUCUAAUUUGUUUGUCGUCUGUGUCGGCAUUCAAUUUAAUUCCAAUUUUACUGAAACUUUAGCUAUGUUGCGUUUCGCAAAGUUGACCGAAAACGCUUUUGCUCCAAUGAAGGGGUCGGAACUUGCGGCUGGACUGGAUUUAAGGAGUGCCUAUGACUGCGUUGUUCCUGCUCGCGGCAAGUUCCUGGUCAAAACUGACUUGCAGGUUGAGGUUCCUCCAGGUUGCUAUGGACGCGUUGCUCCCAGGUCGGGUCUUGCCCUUAAGAAUUUCAUUGAUGUUGGAGCUGGCGUGGUUGACGCUGAUUAUCGGGGAAAUCUUGGAGUUGUCCUUUUCAACCAUGGUGAUCAAGACUUCAAUGUCACAAAGGGGGAUAGAAUUGCUCAGUUGAUCUGUGAGAAAAUUAUCAUCCCCGAGAUCCUAGAAGUCAAGAGUCUCGAGGAAACUGCGAGAGGAGCUGCUGGGUUUGGAUCUACAGGGGUCCACUAAACCAAUUUCUCAACUGAUGAUAGGUGAUCUGUCACCCUCCAUUGUAAAAAUCUCUACACAUUGUCCUUUAUUCAUUAGCCAUUCAUAAGUUUAAUAAAAAUGCCAACUUGCUCAUAGUAAAA